CUGUUGAUUUUUUAGGAUUAAUGUCUUAAAACUCUAAGGUCACACUAGCGCUACACGUGCGAAGAAGAAUUAAAAACAUUCAACAUUUAAUUAUAAAUUAUGAAGAAAAAACAGGUGGAAAGCGACUCAGAGGAAGACCAGCUGCAGGCUGAGGACUCCGAUGCAUCUGGAGUGGAGGAGGAGGAGGAACUUCAGGGAGAGGACUCCAAUGCAUCUGGAGUGGAGGAGGAGGGCGAACUUCAAGAAGAGGACACUGAGGACGAGUUGGAUUUGGCAGCCAGUUCUACGGAUACGGACUCCGACGACGAUUCCGGCGAGGAAGCACCGGAAAACGCUGCUCCCAAGAGCAGAGAAGAGCGGAUUGACGAAAAGAUUCAUGCCAAAUACGAACAGUUGAAAGGCACCCGUCUAUAUGUUCGUUUCCCUCAAAAACUACCGCUGGAUGUUGAGGAGUUCAACAAGAAGGUUAAGGCACUUCAUCCUUUGGUGGUGAAGUCAACGAAACCGCGCCAGAAACAUGCCCGUUUCUGUCUGGUCGACUUCGAAACCCCCGAGAACCGUGACAAAGCCUACGAGGACAUUAAAUCGUCCAUCCAAAAUGAUCCCAAGUUCAAGGGCUUAUUCGUCUCUCUGCCAAAAACCGAGUCCGAUGAUUUUGUCAACGAACUUGUGUCGAAGAAGCAACUUUCGGAGGAGAACAAGCGCACCAAGUCGCGAAUGAAGCGCGCUACGAAACUGCUGCAGAAGAAGGGAACCUUCACCACAUCCAUUGUUAUUACAAACCUUCCGAAGACAAGUUCCGUGGCGCAAGUGCGCCAACUGUUCACCGACGCAGUUGACAUUCAAAUACGACCCGGUAAGGGCAAGUUCAGGGAGUUCAGUGCGGCGACCGUAACCUUGCCAACCUCACACGAUGCACGCUCGGCCAUUAAAAAGAAGUUGAGCCUUUCGGGCACGGAACUCAUUCUCCGCUUUAACACUGCAAACAAGCGGAAGCCGAAAGAUAAACUUAAACAAAAAACGAAGAAUGGGAAGUCUCCGCAAAAGAAAAAGGAAACAGAUACUAAGAAAUUAGAAACAGAAAAAGGGGAGUCCCCCAAUAAAAAGAACACCCAGUCGAAGCGGAUAGGCAAUCCGAAACGCAAGGCUGAUGGCGGAGAUAAUAAAAAAAUAAACACACCGAAAAAAAUGAAAAAACUAAGCGCAGAAUAGCAAUAAUUAAUGUUCCCUAAUUUUAAUAAAGACUCCUACGUUUAAAAACAAA